GAGACUAUCUGGUGACAAUUGAAGAAAAAAACAAAGCAACUUUCUUAAGAGCGUAUACGAACUGGAGAUGCAUGUCUGCAGGGAGUUCUCGUGUUUGUGUUCGGAUGGUUGGUCACAAGAUGGAAGAGUCAUACAGUGAAACCUUAAAAGAACAGAUGUCAGUUGUGGAAAUGCCACUUUCAGAUCCUCCGCUGUGCAUUUCAUGUUGUCCUGUAAAUGGAGAUCUUCUUGUAGGCUGCAAAAAUAAACUAGUCAUGUUCUGUUUGAAAUACCUGGUCAUAAACCAGAAUUUGACUGUGUUAGACUUUGAGCGCUCCUUGAUUUUACACAUUGAUAAUAUUGCAUUUUGUGCCAGACAUAUAGCCAUAACAACAGAGCUGGAUGUUCUGAUCCUGAAACUGGAACUGGUCCAGCAAAGUGCAGACAGGACAGAGCAAUGUGCACAUACAGUUAGUACACUAGAAAAGUCUGUGGAUGUAGGUGUAAAUGAUGAAGACCCUUCAACAGGUACUUCGCAGCUUGAAUUAGAUGAGUUCAUCAUAUGUCAGAAGCCAGUGGAACUGCUUGGGGAAGAAAGUAAGCUGUGUGAGAUACCCAUCACACUGGAAUCCACAGAGUUACCUACCAAAGACACAAAGUGCUUCCAAGUGCAGUAUCUGCUUUUCAGACAUUUUACACCUGACCAGUCACCUUUUGGGUUUUGUGAAGAGACAAAGUUGCACUCUGUUCAACUGCUUCCUGUAUACCAGACAGGAAGUUCUGUGACAGCCCAUGAGGAAACUGAGAACAAGAGAGAACUACUGAGUCUCUUUUGCUUUUUCUCUUUACCUCAUGUUGGAUAUCUCUACUCUGUUGGGAAGUUAGUAGAACUGAUUUCUACUUACCAAUAUUCAGAGAAGUCAGAGCAGGCUGUUCUCACUCCACAGUUCCUGCACGUCAUUACAAGUGAGAACCUGCAGUGUUUCACAGUGCGAUGCAGUGCAGUAGCAGCUCGUGAUGAGGAUCCAUAUAUUGAUACAACCAUGAAGGCUUGUCCACCUGUUGCACUGGAUGUCUGCACAUUAAGAAUGCAGCUUUUUAUAGGACCAAGAGCUAUCUGUCAUUUCAACAACCAUAUAAUUCUUUUGACUAAGGCAGACACAGAAGAUAUUACUGAAAGAAGAAAGCCUACAAGAAGGAUGCUGUAA